CAUUUUUAAAUGAUGUCAUAAACACCAGCGAACAGUUGCCGUCAGUGACACAGCAAGAUGGCUGCUGAAACAUUGAGCAUGACGUUAAUAGCUGUUUGUGUGUUUGUGCUUCUGCCUUACGCCUCAAGCCGUGUAAAAAUCCCUCCGCCAGCAGAGCCCGUUCAUUACGUUGGCUGCAUGAUUCCAGACCAUAUGGUCAGCAUGACCUUUACUGUUGACACCAUUGGUAAAAAUCCAACGGACCGCCUGGGACCCUUCCGACACGUCCACAGGGACCUCAAGUACACGGCGGUGGAGCACUGUGUGUUUAGCUGCUGGAUUGAGAAGAAUACUUACGCCGGUAUCCAGAACGGCAGAGACUGCUUCUGUAGCGAUUCGCUGUCAGGGAUGACUGGGCUUCUGGAGAAAGACUGCAACAUCCACUGCAACUCCGCCUGCAACGACAGAUGUGGAGGACUUGUGGCCCUCUCCGUCUUCAAGACAAGCUACCACGAUGUGCCUACCACAUUCAUAAAUGCUUCGGAAUUUAGCUCUGGCUAUCUUGGCUGUUUCAAGCACGCCGAACAGGAAAUGUGCUGGACAGAGACAGAGAUGCAGGUACACAAAUCCGAUCCUCAAUUCGCCAAUCUGCCCUACCUUCCCAGAGUCUUUUCAACCCGGUUGUCAGCACAGGCCUGCGCCGUCUACUGCAUCACGAGUAAAAUGAAAUACACUGUUAUCUUGAAUCUGUUUCAUUGCUGCUGUGGAUGGAACGACCGAACGCUUAACCAUCCAGCGAGAGACCCUGACCUUUGCACCCAGAUGUGCAGCGGCGACGAGACCACACCUUGCUAUGGAGAUGACCAUGGCGCCUCCUACUCCGCCAUCUUUAAUAACAUCGCAUUGAUGGAAAAAACUGACCUCCCUGUGAUGACCUUAGAACAGUUUAAUGCUACUGGGAUUCUCUAUCCUUACUAUCCAGGUGGCGUCGUCUCGAAACGGCGGACCGCGGAUGUCAUCGCAUAUCUGGGGGGUUUGGGGUCGCUUCCAGUAAAGACCCAAACUGGGAUUCUACCAGGGAAAGCAACUCAACAGAUUGUUGAUCCUACAAACACAGGCGUCGGUGUUGUUGACGUGCCAGAGAAGUCGUCAGACAAACAUUUGAAGACUAUCUUGGGAGUUAUCUCGGCAGUGCUGAUGGGCGUGUUUGUUGCUGUCUUCUGUGUAACAAGUGUUAAAAAGUCAAAGGCAACAAGUACUGAGUGAAGGAGAACAAACCCAGCUUCAGCCAGCAGAUCGCUAUGAACAGCAUUUAUAGAAAAUUUAACAAAACCCGCAACUGAUAUUGAGUAAUAAAACAAGGUCUCGAAAACCUUCAGGUUGAAAAAGAUCUAAUAGGAACCUGUUCCAUGAGGCCUCGAAAUGCACCAGCGACAACAGCAGCUACCCAGCAGGAAGUCGUUGAUGUAGACGAACAGUUGUAGUCGAUACUGAUGUUGUCGUCUUGGAUCUGUUGCUCCAUGUUUUCGCAAGAGGACCCUUGUGAAGUUCAAAAUACUGCAUCACAACCACAGAUCGUGUUCACAUCAAUGACCAAAUGACCUUUGGGAGCGAGCAGUACAUAAUCUGUGACAUUUGUAAAACUGCUGCUGUGGUGACCUUUGACUUAUUAUAUGACGUUGAGAUCAACGGUCCGUCAGUAAAACAUUUGACGUGUACUGACACACCCGAGCACAUACCCGACUGACGAAAUACAGUGACUCGCUGAUUGCUGAAUGCCACUGUUCACUGAAAGACUUCUUUUAGAAAUGUUCACAUCUUACAAGCGGGGAAGAGGGACGGAGGGUUCAGGUGUUUCUAUUGACUAUUUCAUUGCAAUUUAUUUUUGUCUGAUUCUGUCACAUGGACAUACAAGUUGGGUUUAACCAUACAAGUGUACUGCAAACGAAGUGAAAUUAUAGCCUGUUGGUUUGAAUUUGCAGAAAGUCAACUGGUUCACAGUGUUUUCAUAUCGAUAAAUUUAGAUAUACACAUUAUACACAUAAGUAAAGUUCAUGUAGUGUCUUUUUCCUUUAAUAAAGUUGAAGAUGUAAUCGGGAGAGUUGGGUUUUCUACAAAUUCUAC